AAAACACGACCAGCCAACGGUACCAAGGAAAGCCACGAAAACUCAGCUGAAGUGAAUCAACCGUGCCUUGCAGGCUGAUUAUUUUGACUGCAAGCGUUGAUUGACAGAUGCAUGGCAGAAACCCCCAUUCUGCUCUUCACAAGAUAUGUAUGAUGGAUAGCGAUCUCUUGGCCCAGCAGGAUACAGGGACCAUGCAUGCUGUAAUUGGUCAGGAUCCCAUGAUUUCUGGACAACAACUCAGCAAACCCUUGCUAUCCCUCCGAGCUGAAAUGAAUGCAGAAUCAAGAGGUGAGGACAAGGCGACCACUUCAGACAAUGAGCUAAGUGAGUCUCUGCUUGUGCCUGUGGAAUCAAAUGACAGCGAGGACACUCCCAGCAAGCUCUUCGGGACCAGAGGAAGCUCGACACAUUCUGAAACCGGCACAACUGACCAACACCAGCCUAGCCAAACGCAUCCUUUUUCAGUCGGGGCACAGCCAUUGUUGACAGCACAACAGCUAGCCUCAGCUGUAGCAGGAGUGAUGCCAACAAGCAAUCCUGCCCUCAAUCAGCCAAUUCUCAUACCAUUUAAUAUGGCUGGUCAGCUUGGCAACCAGCAGGGCCUCGUCCUCACACUGCCAGCUGCCAAUUUAACCAACAUCCAGGGUCUGGUUGCCGCAGCUGCUGCCGGAGGCAUUAUGACAUUACCACUGCAAAACCUGCAAGCUACCUCAUCCCUGAAUUCCCAAAUACAGCAACUUCAACAUCUUCAGCAACUACAACAGCAACAGCAACAACAACAAGGACAGCAACAGCACCAACAGAACCACCAGCUGCCUGGUCAACAGGCCUCAUCCCCUCAAAAACAAAGCCAGUCCCCGGGGCAAGGCCUCCAGUCAACACUAACUCCAACCAAUCCUCUUCAGCAACUUCAACUGCUGCACAGCAAGAUGAGGCCGGUGGUGCCAGUGGCCAAGGUCACUGUCACUCUCAACCUUUAUGCGAUAGGAUCCUCCCAGAUGGGAGCAGGUGACAUUGUAAACAUGCUGCAGUUCACCCUCCGCCGCUGCAUUCGGGAUGCGAUGGAGGCCUUGUACAUAAGGAAAAGAGAGUUCAUCAUUCCAACCAGAGCGGAUACCUGCCAGGGGUACGGUAUUUGCAAUAAAGCAAGGAACUGUCAACUGCAUGCACGUGGCUUUGUGGACCCCACAUGUCAAUGCGCGUUGGAUGCUUUCAAGACAGAAAUCAAUAGAUUUUGUUUGACAAAGUAUAUCAAGAGCUUUGGAGCAAAGCUUUUGGAAUUUAACUGUGAGCACAUGGGUUUCCCAGGUUUCCUGGAGCUUGUCCGUGAAACCAAGCACUUACAUGUGGUGCAACCUCUAAGGCUUCAACAGAGGUCGAAGCACACCGCUCAGAUCCCUGCUCUGACUGCUGAGAUGCUCUUGGUCAACAUACCCUGGGUUUUGGAGCCUGUUGCCACUCUUUCCAUGCACAAAGGCACCAUCACAAAGGCCUGUAACAUCAUGUCACGAAUGGUUGAGAUGGAUUCCUCCAGUCUCUCUGCAAAGGUGCACAAUGCAGCUGGAAUGCCUCUACCUGAGCAACGCUGCAGCGUGCAUUUCAAGCUGACUGGCCAUUCAUUGGCCAGCCAGCGUGAAAUCGCGGUCGAAGCCCGAUCGCGGUUGGCUUUCCGACCACUUCCGGGCUCGCCCACUGAGCCCACCCGACCACCGGAAAACCUGAUGGGUCUCACAUUGCCAUUGGCAGCACUAAAGAAAAUUGGCUGGGAGAUCCUUGUGAAGAAGGAGUCACUGACCUCAGCAAAUCUGACUAAUUUGCUUCAGGGUUGUCACCAGCCAUGUGAGGUCUGCCAAUGGGAGCCAGUGAUACAGGGUGUAAUUGACAGCACUCACGUGGCCCUUAGCGCUCCCUGGCAACAGCUGGCUACAUUUGUAAAUCAGAAGGGGUUUCACUCUCUUAACGUGCAAGUUGCCUGUGACCACCGGAAAAGAAUUGUGCAGGGACUAGGACUCCCAAGUCCCUUUGUGCCACCUAGCCCGCUGCAGCUGGUUAAUAACCCUUUGGCAAGCCAAGCAGCUGCAAUGGGUUCCAUAGCUGGCUCUCAGGCCUUCAACACUGCUCUCUCCAGCCUGCAAGGGAUGACUUCUCAGUUGGUGACAAAUGCACAAGGCCAGAUAAUUGGAACGAUCCCACUGAUGUCAAACCCAACUGUGUCAUCCAAUCAAAAUACAGGUGGGACUCAAGGCAUCCAAGUGCAGCCAAUCACCCCUCAACUUCUGACUAAUGCACAAGGUCAGAUCAUUGCCACAGUGAUUGGGAAUCAAAUUUUGCCAGUGAUCAAUACACAGGGAAUAACACUGUCACCCAUAAAACCGGGCCAGCAGCAGCAGCAGCAGCAGCAUCCGCAGGUAGGCCAGCCAGUGUCCCAGGCAAACCUUCUGCACAUGGCACAUGGGCAGCCCUCUCUCGCACAAAGCCCAGUGCGUCAAGCUUCUUCCUCUUCCUCUUCAUCCUGUUCUUCUUCAGCUCUGAGCGUUGGACAGUUAGUCAGCAAUCCACAAACAGCAGCCAGUGAAGUCGACGGAGUGAACCUUGAAGAAAUUCGUGAGUUUGCAAAAGCAUUUAAAAUUCGGCGCCUGUCUCUUGGUCUGACACAGACACAGGUUGGACAGGCCUUAAGUGCCACUGAGGGACCAGCAUACAGCCAAUCUGCAAUCUGCAGACACACCAUCCUGAGAAGCCACUUUUUCCUACCACAGGAUACCCAAGAGAGCUCUAUAGCUAGCAGUCUGACAGCCAAACUGAACCCUGGCCUUUUGUAUCCUGCCAGGUUCGAAAAGCUGGACAUCACCCCUAAAAGUGCCCAGAAGAUUAAGCCCGUUCUUGAGCGGUGGAUGGCUGAGGCUGAGGCCCGCCACCGAGCAGGAAUGCAGAAUCUAACUGAAUUUAUCGGCAGUGAACCCUCCAAAAAGCGCAAGCGGCGGACGUCUUUCACCCCUCAGGCCCUGGAGAUCUUAAAUGCCCACUUUGAAAAGAAUACACACCCAUCAGGGCAGGAAAUGACGGAAAUUGCCGAGAAACUGAACUACGAUCGGGAGGUGGUUAGAGUUUGGUUCUGCAACAAGAGACAAGCGCUGAAAAACACAAUUAAACGCUUAAAACAAUCCGAGUCCUCGACAGGGCUGGCCAUGGAACCACUCACAGACUCUUUCGAAGAAGCCUCCUAAAAACAAAAAGGUCCACCAAUAAGUCGUGAAGCAAACGUCUUUGGAAAAGUCCUUGCGCAUCUCCUGCGAGGAAAAGACUGCAAAUUGCUGUGUUGACACAUUUCCAGACUGUCCAUUUACUAUUGAGAAAAGCAACACGACACAUUAUUGUGCGGUAGAAUUAGUUUUAACAAAUAAAAAAAACAGUCGUUCAGCAGACUGAAACUGAACCAAAUAGACACUUCAUGUACUGUAAAAUAUUUGACUGAAAAAACACCUUCCAUGAGUUACAGAGAGCUCUGUAUUUCACACAAGAACAACAUCUGAAGUAGUGCCUGUCAUUGUCAGGUACCAAGUGCUGCAUUAAUAUUAAUUUGUUAACCAAAGUCAGAAGCAAAGCACCAGAAUCAAGUUAAUAGCCUACUGUUUUUGAGUGUAUAUUGUGUUAAAGUUUUUACAUUUGUAAUUACUAAAAUUGGAUGAAUUACUUUUUUUCCCUUUCACAGGUUGUGUCCGUUUGUCGUGUUGGGGUAACACAACUGUAGAAGCCAUUAAUUACAAGGUUGUCAUUUUGUCUUCUGUGCUAUUGUAAGACCAGAAAUGUUCAUAUGCCAACAAUUUCUAUGUAAUUUGGCAGUUGCCAGUGUUUCUAUGUGAUGGGUUUUAAAUUGCACUGUAUUUUAGUAGUGCAAAACAAAAGGGAAUUGUGCACAUCGCCAGUAAUGUGAUGUUGGUUGUCCCUUCUUUACAAAAAUGGGCCAUGAGUGUGAAGCGGUUCUAUUUAGCAGUCUUGUAUCACAACCUCAGUUGUUUGUGUAAUUGCAACAUCAAUGUGAAUUUUGUGUGCAAAGCAAUUUUUUUUCCAAAGCCUGUUAGCCAAAGAAUUUCAAUAGCAUAUGGUUAAGUGCAAAAUGACAAAGGUUAAAUGAGAAAUUAGGACUGGGUCAUGACCACAUCAAGGGCUGCUUCUAUUGUCAGACAUAUUUAUUCAGAUGAAAUAUUAGAAGCACAGAGUUACAGUAACUGGUAAUCCAAUUUAUUUUACAGCUCGUGUUUAUCUUACUGAACUUUAGAUUGUUGAACAUUUAUCAGUUUGCCAGAUCCAAAAUGGAAGCACAUAGAUGCACUCACACAGCCACAUGCAUAUACAAACACAUGCAUGCAAACAUGCGCACACACUAAUAUGCAUGCGCACACACAGACAUACAGACACACACAGGUACACAUGCAUACUCUUUAAUUACAAAUGUAGUAUUUCUUUUGUUGGCCAGAAUAACUGACUCAACUAUGCCAAAAAAAGACAUUACCUAAAAAUUAUGUUACUUGGUUAAUUUAGCAACAGUUUAGGCAUACAAAGUGCCUAAACCAUGAGAUACUUUAACUAUGUCUAAGGAACAUUGGUUCUCACAGUGCUCAGUAUUUAUGACCAAAGUUAGUUUAUAGAAAAGAGCAUUGAGAAUGAAUUCCAAGUUUUUAUCUUCCGGUAGCAUGGGGCCUUGUGUUCAUCAGAUGAUUUAAUAACUCGUCUGCAGUAUAUUUUUCUUUUGGCACAAUGGAUCUCCACCAGCAUUAAAUGUCAAAGACACAAAUGAAAAGUGAUUAUUUCACAUUGCAUUAUUCAGUUGUUAUUUACUGAACUUUGCAAAUUAUAUUUAGGUCAAAAUUUGACAGUUUUAGCUUUCAUGUGGAGAAUGAAGUUGUCAUGUGAAUAUUGAUAGCAUCAAACAGGGCAAACCAAUUGUUAUGACAAAUAGGUAUACAGAUAUUAUGGAAAUAAUGAUUCUUAAUCAAAUUUUCCUAGCACUGACUAGUUUUUUUCUCUACAUGUAUUUCAUCCUAACCUAAGAAAAGAAACAAUCAGUAGUGCACAUCCAAAAUGGAUAAACAGAAUCUUUUGCUGAAAUUGUGACCCACGCAAUGCAUGGUUUUGAAUCUGAAAAGUGCAUUAUUGAGUAGGUAACUGUUACUUCUGCUUGCAUAGUGUGCAUCCUCUUUAAUUCAAGAUCAAAUAAGAUGAUUUAAAGAAAACCAGUGAUUUUUCCCACAUUGAGCAGAUUUUUUUCUCAGUUGGAUUGGCACAAGCAUAACUGAUAAACUUAACUGUAUAGCCUUUGUCUGUUGAGCAGUCUUGACAACUAUAUGCAUUGAAGGGGACUCAUUGGUUUGACCAUGACUCAAAGCAACACAAUAUGUACUUCGCAGAGGGUGCAAAACAGUUACGUAGAAGUUAUUUGCAGAUGGUACAGAUGCCAAGCCAGGGGAGAGCAAGUCAGGAGGGAUGAUUGAAUUCUUGAUAAAAGUGAUAGGCUUUGAGAAUGUCUUUAAAGGUGGAAUAAUUCAGGGAGGGAGUUCCAGACAGUAAGGCCAAGAUGGCUGAGGCUCUGAAUGACAUUUGUCACAUAGGAACCAAACACUUUAUCUGGUAAAUUAUUGUUCAUCCCAAAAAUGUCCAACUGGUGAAAAGAGUUGGGCAAUAAUGAAAUAACGUGCAUCAAAUAGUGAACAUAAUAAUAAGAUUGUUGUAGAGGACACAACAGUUGGGAAAGUAGCAUCCCUGAGGCCAAGUGAUUUAACUGCAGUCUGUUAGAAGGUACAUGUCCUUUCAAAGGAGCCACCGCCCAACAUAAUGGAGGAGAAAAAAAAUCACAAAGAGAUGACUAAAAAGAAAUUAUAAUUUUAUCUGGACAUUUAGCUCACUGCCACCUUGAAGGUUUUAUUAAACACAAGCUCCUCAAGGCCUAAUGGUCAAUGGUGUCAUUACUGAUAAGGCACACCCUUCAGGGUGUUAUUGCAGAACUGUAUCGUACAGCAGUCUGAUCAUGACAAUGUGACUGGUACGAUCUUUGUAGGACUGGAUUGCUUACCUGGUGGUAAGUCCUUGAUUAGAUUUACCAGUUGAAUUAUAGAAAGAUGUUUUUCAAUGAUGUAGCAGUACAAUCCAAGACAUACUGUACAACCAUUUGUAAAGAGAAGUAAACCAAUAUUACAAAGAACACCACUGGCCAUCAAGAGAGACUUUGCAGUUCGGAUAGCUGCUGUUUACAUUCAUUGUGCGUCUUACCUUAAUUCCAUAUUUAUUUUCCUUUUCUUCAGUAACUCGUGUAUGUCUGUCCCCUUCAGCAUCUUUGUUUAAGUAUAGCUGCAAGCUAAGAGAUUCUGAAGAAUCUAAUAUUUGAAAAGGUUUAACUCAUUUGACUCAUUUCCACCACAUUAAUGGAAAUGAGGCAUACUGAAUGGAACUGGGGAAGAUAAGUAGAGGCUUAAUGUAACUCAAGCUGUAACCAAAUAUAGAAUCAAAAUGCCUUUGCUCAUCUUAUCAAUGCUGGACCAAAGCUCAGAGUAAAUGGGUAUAGGUAUAUGCACAUUGUAUAGAUGUGGCUCGAUAUUACAGACAAUCUCACAAUAUUAAACUGUUACUUUUUAAAUCUCUUUAUAAAUGCUUUACCUCAACACUCUACUUCUAGAACCCUAAAUUACAACAUUCAAAACUACUAAUUUCCUUAUUAGACUUUGAUCAAUUGAGUAAAAUAUGUUUGGGUUGAAGUUUGCAUUGUUCUCAGCUGAAUGUGAAAGUCAUGUGUUUGCUUGUUUAUAAAUUAAGAAAGCUCUAUGUGUAGCACAGUGUCCAUUAAUUCAUUUGCAAAUGAACAUUUUGCUAAAAGCUAUACAAUUGUUGCCAGGGUCAUUUAAAUAAAUUGCUGCAGAGAGUUUGGGUGUGAAACACACCACUGUUACACUGACAGUAAGAAGAUUAUCCUGUUGGAGCUUCAAUGGAAUGGAGGUUAAAAACUGGAGCCAGAGACCAAAUUCACCAGGUCAAGAUCCUUACUGCUCAGACACUUAAACCAAAGCUGACUUACCUGCACAGGUUGCUUACCUUUUAUAGACUGAAAAUACUGUACUUUAUCUACAGCAAUAUCUGUAUGGUCAGUUAAGCUGCACUUUGUGUAUUUCUAAACAGCUUCAGAUCUGUCACUUUUACUUUGUAUCAUAAAAAAAUAAACAAAACAUUUGAAAUGA